AUGAGUCUGCAGACUCUCAAACUCUUAAAGGACCCCACCUGGACAGACGAAGGUGGCAAAGGCUUGGUCUGGAUGCAGGAUCCCCAGCUGCAGGGUGUUGAAGCUGAUGUUCCUCAGCUGCUAGGCCACUUGAAGCUUGAAGCCGUCAUCACGAACGACACCGUAACUAUCCGGACCAGGAAGUUCAUGACCAACCGACUACUUCUGCGGAAACAAACGCUCAUUGCGGUUCUUCACCCUGGAAAGGGAGCAGUACCUAAGACAGGAAUUUGGGAAAAACCAGCCAAAAUAUGCAAGACCAUACCAGAUGUCAUUUUAGUGUCUGGAUUCAGAACCCAUUUUGGUGGUGGCAAGACAACUGGCUUUGGCACGAUUUAUGAUUCCUCGGAUUAUGCAUACAAAAAUGAGCCCAAACAUAGACUUGCAAGACACGGCCUGCAUGUGAAGAAAAACACCUCAGGGAAACAGCAAAAGGAACGCAAGGACAGGGUGAUGGCAGUCAGGGGGACGGCAAAAGCUCCUGCUGGCGCUGGCGACAAGUGA